AUGAGAGCUGCCAAUGUCCUCUGUGGACAGCUGAACUGUGGAAGUGCUGUGGCUGUGUUGGAAUCUGACUGGUUUGGGGCAGGAAAUGGCCAGAUCUGGGCUGACAUGUUUAAUUGUCAGGGGAAUGAGACACACCUGUCACAGUGUCCAAUUUCAUCAUGGAAUCGAGUUGCUUGCUCUCAUAAACAAGAUGCUGGAGUCAUUUGUAAUGGUUCAUCAUUGGCAUUUCAUGAAGGACAAGUGCGGUUGUCUGGAGGGAGUGAAUGUCAGGGGGAGGUGGAGGUUUAUUUCAUGCAGGACUGGAGGAGAGUUCUCCUGCACUUUUGGGGUCUGUCUGAGGCCUCUGUGGUGUGCAGACAGCUGGGUUGUGGCUCUGUGCUUAGCUACAAUUCUGCUCUUUCCAAAACUGAACAUAGCAACAUGUGUGCAGUAGGUUUUAGUUGCUCUGGAAGUGAAGCACAUCUGGGGAACUGCCGCAGUGCACAGCCUGUCACCUGCGGCUCGAGAGAACAGCUGUCAAUUACCUGCUCUGGUGUUUUUAACCGAGCUCACAGCUCUAUUAGGCUGGUUGGUUCCAGGGGAGAUUGUGCAGGAAGGCUUGAGGUUUUUCACAAUGGCUCAUGGGGGACGGUGCGGAAUGACUUGUGGGAUAUUGAGGAUGCACAGGUGGUAUGCAGACAUCUGCAGUGUGGUGUAGCUCUCAGCGACCAUGUUCUAUCCUGGUUUGGUCCUGGAACUGGACCUGUAUGGCUGAAUCAGGUGGAGUGCAAGGGAAAAGAGGUAGCUCUGUGGGACUGCAGCUUUCAGUUCUCUGGAGAAGAUGAAAGUGGACACCAGGAAGAUGUAGGAGUUGUGUGCUCAGAGUUCAAAGAGAUCAGACUUACUGAGGGCUGUAAGGGGAAUCUGGGAGUCUUUUACAAUGGAACUUGGGGUAAUGUGUGUGAAAAUGCGAUUGAUAAAGAAACAGCAAGUUUAAUCUGUCGAGAACUGAAUUGUGGAAGGACGGGCAAAGAGUACUUGUCCAAAACCAGACUGAAAUCUGCUCCUAACUGGCUGGAUGAUCUGAAAUGUAGGAAGCAUGAUGCCACUCUGUGGCACUGUCCAUCUUCACCCUGGGGAAAUAACAAAUGUGAUCAUGUGGCUCACAUUACAUGCACAGGUUGGUAGAACUUCUCUCUAUCAACACAUGUAAAAUGUUCUCUUUCACUUUGUUUGGUGAAAAUAAAGAAAGAAAACAGCUACACUGAAUGUUAAAUACUGGGGGACAGCUGACCUUAAAAUACUAAUAAAUGAGCAUUUUCUUAAAUUUUUUAUAUGGACUUCACAAAGCGAAUUGA